AUGGCUGACAGCUGCUGCUCCGGGACCUGUGUUCCUGCUGCGUCCACCAGGUCCAUCUGCUCCAGCGACAGGAGCUAUGGCAGCUGCGUCUGCAUGCCCAAUGCUCGUACUGGCCCUUCCUGGAUGGUGGACAACUGCCCGGAGAGCUACUGUGAGCCCCCAUGCUGCACCUCCUCCUGCUGCCAGUCCUCCUGCUGUGCCCCAGCUUCCUGCCUGCCCCUCAUCUGCAGUCCUGUGAGCUGUGGGACCAGCCCCUGCCAAUCAGUCUGCACCAGCUCCUGUGGGCCCUCCUGCUGCCAGUCUGCAUGCUGUACGCCCAUCUGCUGCAAGCCAGUCUGCUGCAUACCAGUCUGCUGCAUACCUGUCUGCUGCAAGCCAGUCUGCUGUACUCCUGUCUGCUGCAAGCCAGUCUGCUGCACACCCAUUAGCUGUGUGCCUGCCUGCUGUGGGGCUGCCUCCUGCUCAGCUCCCACUUGUUGCCAGGCCCCUACCUGUACCCCCUCAUGCUGAAGAUAUUCCUCCUGUAUGUCCCUGCUCUGCAGCCUCUGCUCUAUCCUGCUCUGCUAA